AUGGCGAUCGACCUGGAGGACGUGCGCCGGAUCGAAGAAGCCGUUCUCCAAGUCCGCCUAAACGAGGGCGUGCUCGGCGACCGCGAGCUCGACGCCUCGGAACCAACGAUCACGCGCCUGAACGAGAAGAUUGGCCGGCUGAGGCGACUGCUCGCCGAGAGCGCCGAAGUGAAGGCCGAGGUCGACGCCGCGCAGCAACGACUCCUAGAAGCGUAUGGCCAACGACAGGAGGACCUGGUCCCGCCCGCGCUCCCUGCCAAGCCCGACGCCAAGCAGGUCGACGACGGCUCGGCGCAAAAGCCGAAGCAGCACAGUGACGCCGGCGAAGAAGAGAACAACGACCCGGCCGGCCCGAACUUCUUGGUGACGCCCGACGAGCUGGCGGCCGUGCCCUCCUACAUGAAGGGCCGCCUCACCGUCGCCGAUCUCAACGAAAUUCUCACCACGAUCGACACGAUCUGCUGCGAGCGCGAGACGUUCCUCCACGCCCGCAACCUCAGCCAGGCCGACAAGAUUCGACAGCGCGAGAUGAGAUCCGCGAAAGAACCAAAGCUGGACGGGAUGCGGUAUGUGACGGAAGCCGAGCUGAGGGACAAGCUGCCGCCAAAGGCCAAGCUGGCGAUGAAGUACGGGAUGCAGUCGUUGCGCCACCUCGGCCGCUGCAAGGAGACGCUCAUCACGCGCUGCAAGUACAUCAUCAUCCUGUGG